CGCGCUCGAGCCAACUGCAGCUGCGCAGAGUCGCAUUUCCGUCCCCGCCCCCAGCCUGCAGAACAAUCUGUCAUGGCGGCCGGGCUGUUAGGUUUGUGCGCUCGCCGCAUUUUGGUCGUAGCGGCGAGGAGAGGGUUCCCGGCCGCCGGUGUUCGCUGGGAGUCCAGCUCGACCAGGGCUGUAAUCGCCCCGACCGCUGUGGCGGGAAAGCGGACGCCGGCACCGACAAUACGCUGGCAGGAGGACCCGGAUCCCGAGGACGAAAACCUCUAUGAGAAGAACCCAGACUCCCACGGUUAUGACAGAGACCCAGUUGUAGACCUCUGGAACAUGCGGGUCGUCUUCUUCUUUGGCUUCUCCAUCGUCUUGGUCCUUGGUACCACCUUUGUGGCUUAUCUACCUGACUACAGGAUGCAGGAGUGGGCCCGGCGGGAAGCUGAGAGGCUUGUGAAAUACCGAGAGGCCAAUGGCCUCCCCAUCAUGGAAUCCAACUGCUUCGACCCCAGCAAGAUCCAGCUACCAGAGGAUGAAGACUGACCAGUUGCUGAAUGGAGCUCAAGAAGCACCACUUUCUCCACCCCCUGCUCUCCACUCUGCCCUCUCCUCAGAGCACCUAAUUAAAGGAACUGAAGGUCUGA